AUGAGAAAGGAGUUUGAGGCACUAGAUGCCGGUAAGACUUGUGAUAUUGUUGAACUACCUGCUGGAAAAAAACCUAUUGGGUGCAAGUGGGUCUAUAAAAUAAAGUAUAAAGCAGAUGGUAGUGUAGAAAGGUAUAAAGGAAGGCUUGUGAUUAGGGGUGAUACACAUGUUGAGGGAGUGGAUUUCACUGAAACUUUUUCACAUGUUGUGAAGUUGUCUACUGUUAAAUGUCUUAUAGUUGUUGCUAUCAAGCAAGGUGGGUCUCUGUUUCACCUUGAUAUGAAUAAUGCUUUCCUUCAUGGUGAUUUAUAUGAAGAGGUUUAA